ACACCUGCUAAACCCCUAACAUUUCUCCCCUCUCCCCCACAAGGCACAGGCCCAGUCUACAGCCUAUUUUGCUUCUUUCACUCAUUCUUUUUCUUUCCUGUUGGCCGUCACAAUGCAAACCCUUCACCGCCUCAUUUCUGCCGCCAGACGAACUGCCUCCGCCUCCGACCUCCUCAUCAACCACGAAACCCGUCGCAUUCGAUCCCUCCCUUCCAGAACCUUAUCAUCCGGGGGCAACCCCUUCGACAACGAUGACCUAGGCUGGGACUCCCCCUCCUCCACCACCACUUGGUCCACCGGCAUCACCAAGGACCACUUCAACGGAGAAUCCACCGCCCCUCCCACCACGUCCGUUCCCUCACUCUCCGAUGAACAAUCAAAAACCCUCUCCGAUAUGCAGGAAAUCGAUGACUUUGAUAGGGAGCUGGAUUCUGAGAACAGGAAAAGCAAGGUUUUCUUGGAUGGGUGGAAGGACAGGAUGAUGGAGACUGCCGCUCUCCUCAAACAGGUCCAGGAGCCUGGUGCCAGGGGAUCCUACCUCAAAGAUUCCGAGAAGGCUGAAAUGUACCGGUUGCAUAAGCAAAAUCCUGAGGUUUACACUGUAGAGAAGCUUGCUAAAGAUUACAGGGUCAUGAGGCAGAGGGUCCAUGCUAUCCUUUGGCUCAAGGAACUUGAGGAGGAGGAGGAGAAGAAGCUUGGCAAGCCCCUUGAUGACUCUGUUGAGCAACUGCUCGAUUCCUUUCCCGAGUUCUUUAAUUCCCAUGAUAGGGAGUUCCAUGUUGCAUCCCUUCCUUACAAACCUGACUUCAAGGUCAUGCCUGAGGGAUGGGAUGGCAUUACCAAGGAUUUGGAUGAAGUUCAUUAUGAAAUCUCCAAAAAGGAAGAUGAAAUGCUCUAUCGAGAAUUUGUUGAGAAGAUGAACUUCAACAAAAAGAAAAUGGCUGGAGAGGUGAGGUGCCACAGAUAUAGUCGAAGACGCCCUUCAGAUGGAUGGACUUUUACUGUAGAGAAAAUGGGACCCCGCGGGAAGCGUGGAGGUGGUGGUGGCUGGAAAUUUGCUAGCAUGCCUGAUGGCUCAACUCGGCCACUGAACGAGAUGGAGAAGAUGUAUGUGAAGCGAGAGACUCCACGCAGACGAAAGAGGAUCCUUCCUUGAUUAUUUGAUUCUUAUGUUUUGAACGACUAGCUGUUAAACCUAGAAUUUUGUAAUUUGUAGUCCUAUGCAUCCAAUGGCAUGGGACAUAGGGGAUGUAUUGUUAGUUGUUGCCAAUUCUCUCUUUACAUGUGAGUUAUUAUCAUUUUUUAAUAAGCUGAUUCAAGGGCUUCCUUUUCUUCCUCGCACUAUGCUGCUUAAUUUCUUUUUAACAAUGAUGUUGGCAUCCUUUUGCUAUAUAUCUAUUUUAGAAAGGGUAAA